AUGAUUUCCAAAACCCCCGAAGCAAGCAGUACGGACAUGUUGAGCCAGGAGGGCAGAGCCCUUCUCCACGACGCUCUCCAUGGCUACGACGACCUCUACGGCGUUGGUUCCAUGAGCAACGCAGUAUACGACACUGCCUGGGUCUCCCUGGUCACCAAAACCGUCGAUGGCGCCAAGCAGUGGCUUUUUCCCGAAUGCUUCCACUUUCUGCUCCGCACCCAGCUUGACGAUGGAGGCUGGGAGUCGUACGCAUCCGAGGUUGACGGCAUUCUCAACACGGCAGCAUCCUUGAUAUCGUUGAAAAGGCACGCUGCCGAGCCCUUGCAGAUUCAGGAUGUUCCUUCGGGCGAGCUCGAAGGCCGGAUAGCGAGAGCCACCGGGGCACUGGACUCGAUGCUCGCCGCCUGGGACGUGUCUUCGGCGGCGCACGUCGGAUUCGAGAUCAUUGUCCCCGCGCUUCUGGAAGAGCUUGAGCGAGAGGGUAUUGCCUUCAACUUCAGAGGCCGAGAGACGCUGCUGAAGAUCAACGCGGCAAAGCUCUCUCGCUUCAACCCCACGUUCCUUUACAGCACGCUCAAGACCACCGCUUUGCAUUCUCUGGAGGCCUUCAUCGGCAAGAUCGACUUCGACAAGGUCUCCCAUCACAAGGUCCACGGCGCCAUGAUGGCCUCCCCGUCGUCAACAGCAGCGUACUUGAUGCAUGCAUCCGUAUGGGACGACGCGGCCGAAGACUAUCUCCGACACGUGGUCCGGAGAGCAUCAAGCAACGGUGACGGUGGCGUUCCAAGCGCGUACCCAUCCACCUACUUUGAACUGACUUGGAUCCUCUCAACCCUUCUCAAAUCCGGAUAUACCGCAGCAGAUCUGGACUCACGGGAGCUGGACAAAGCGAAGGAGAUCCUGGCUCAGGUAUUCGAGGAUGAAGGCGGCAUCAUUGGUUUCGCGCCAAACACUGGAGCGGACGCAGAUGACACGGCAAAGGGGCUCCUGACCCUGAAGAUGCUGGAUGUCAACAUCAGUCCCAAUCAGAUGGUCCACCAUUUCGAAGCGAAAGGCCACUUCCGCACGUAUUCGUCCGAGAGAGAUCCGAGCCUGAGCGCAAACUGCAACGUCCUGGUCGCAUUGCUCCACAUGGACGACGUGUCCCGCUACUCAGCCCAGAUCUUGAAGUGCGUGCGAUUCAUCUGCGGCUGCUGGUGGGAAAGUGAUGCCGCCAUCACGGACAAAUGGAACCUCUGCUACCUCUAUCCGUCCAUGCUCAUGGUUGAGGCGUUCGUGGACCUGCUGUCCCUCACUGACAAAGGGCAGCUUUCCGGUCUCCUGGACCAGGAAACCAAGUCGCGGCUGUCUGUUGCGCUGUGCCAGGCCACUCUGCGCAUCAUGCUCCAGCAACUGGACGACGGGUCCUGGGACGAAUCGCCCGAGCAGACCUCGUACGCCAUCCUCACUCUGGUCCAAGCCCGGCGAGUCGCCUUCUUCGAGCCCAUCCAAACGGAGCUGGACUUGGCCAUCGAGCGUGGCCGCGAAUACAUCAAGUUCGCCCAGGACGUGCCACCGCGAGCGCUCUGGAUCGAAAAGGUCUCGUACACAUCGCCACUGCUGUCCAAAGCCUACGAGCUCGCCGCGCUCAAAGCCUCCGCGCCGCAAACGGCCGCCACGACCGUCGGCCACGACCUGGCAAGCAGCAGCGCGGCAGCAAACGCGAAGCUGGACAAGUACGUCGACUUCUACCGGCGCACUCCUCUCUUCUCGGGGGUGCCGCGGUGGCAGCUGCGGGCGUCGGUGCUGGAAGCGUCGCUCUUCCUGCCGCUGCUGCGCGCGCGCCACCUCGACGUGUUCCCGCGCGACGGGCUGGAGGAGGAGCGCUACCUCGAGCUCAUCCCCUUCACGUGGACCGGCUGCAACAACCGCGCGGGCACCUUCGCGUCGGCCUCGUUCCUGUACGACAUGAUGAUCGUCUCGCUGCUUAACUACCAGGCGGACGAGUUCAUGGAGGCUGCGGCCGCGCCGGCCUUUGCCGAUGAUUGGGACGAGCUGCGUCGACGGAUCGAGGUCCUUUUCAACAACAACAACGCAGCAGCCGCGAUGACGACGCCAAACGGCAACGGCCACCUCGGGACGACGACGACCAACGGCGACGACGACGUGCUCGGCCCGCUCGCCCGCUUCGUCUCCCACGUCCUCGCGCACCCGGCCGUCACGGCCGCCAGCCCCCACGACGCCGCGCAGGUCCGGCGCGAGCUGCGCACCUUCCUGCUCGCGCACGUCGCCCAAGCCGAAGACAACGCGCGCUUCGUCGCCGAGAAGUCGUCAUCAUCAUCGUCCUCGCUGACGGCCCCAUCAUCCUCAUCCUCAUCCUCCUCGUCCCUCUCCGACAACGCUUCCGCCUCCUCCUCCUCCUUCACCUCCCCCACCGCCUCCUUCUUCACCUGGGUCCGCUCCACCUCCGCCGACCACACAUCGUGCCCCUACUCGUUCGCCCUCGUCUGCGCCAUGCUGGGUUCUGCUGCUGCUGCCGGCGGCAGCGGCAGCGGCGCCAAGAAGAACGACAACAACACCAGCAAAGACUGCUUCCCGCUCGUGUCGCAAAAAUACUUCGCCAGCGACCUCUGCCGGCACCUCGCCACCAUGUGCCGCAUGUACAACGACUACGGCAGCGUGCGCCGGGACCGCCUCGAGGGCAACCUCAACUCGGUCGAUUUCGCCGAGUUCGGGGCUGGGACGGGGAGCACGAGCGCGAAGGCGGGAGGGGAGCAGCAGAAGCAGCAGAGGGACGUCGCGGGUGAUGAUGAUGAUGAUGAUGAGGAGGAGGCCAAGAAGGCGCUGUUUGGCCUCGCCGAGUACGAGCGCGAGUGUUUGGGGACGGCGCUCGCGAGGCUGCAGCAGGCGGGCGGCGCUGGCGGUUCGGGCGGCGGGUGGCAGAGGAAGAUGGCGGUGAUGCGGUUGUUUUGCGAUGUCACGGAUUUGUAUGGGCAGAUUUAUGUCGUGAGGGAUAUGGGGACGAGGAUGGUGCAGCAGCAGGAGCAAGAGAACGGUGAUGGUGCGUGA